ACCGAUAACAUUAGUUGCAUCACCAUCAGAUCGUUCAUGAAGAAAUGGGAAAUUGAGUUGCAUUCUUGCAGCCCCUGGCACUGCCUGAGAAGAUCAAGAUCCGCAAUAAAAAUUCCAUGCGAAUGCAGCGUGCUUCAGAUCCAAAUCAAUGUAAUGCUUCGAGUAAUGGUUCUUUUUCUUUCCGAAAGUCGAGAAGAUCUUUAAAUCCUUCACGCCCGGGUGGAUCGACACGGCAGUAAGAUCUUCAAAUUGAUCGAGUGGUAGUUUCUGGCGUUCUGAAGAUGAGCUCAUGUCCAUAACUUCUGCUGAUUUACUUUUUCAUUGUCUCCUUGCCUCUCACCCAAACACAACAUGGCUCUGGUCGUCUCGCGCUAUUUGCACUCACGUACUUGAUUUAAACACUUUUUUCUUGAACUUGACUGAACUUCAACAUCACCAUGGCAUCGUGAUUGGCUUUGCUUGACCGGAUCCACAGGGACCUACUGUUUUGGAGGAGCAGUGGGAGUGGCCUCAGGAUGGGGCACAAAAGUAACCCGUACAAGAAAGCGCGUUCCGCCUUCCGCUGGAAGGUACAAAUCUUUUUGCCGUUUUGAUUUUUUGUCGGAUAUGUAUUUUGAGCCUGCAAAAGACGAAGAGGAAUACUUCGUUGAUGCUUGUCUUGCGCAAAACCAAGCUAGCCUCCCCCACAAUGGGAGAUCUGGUAUUCCACACGCGCGAAAGCAAAGGUCGAAAGCGAAACCAUCGGGCGAGGAGGAACAUUCUCUUGCUCGGUCAAAGGCUAUUCGAACAGUGUAUUUUAAUCAUAGCACGACCACCAGCAACAUGAAAUUCGAUUUUCCUGUAGCGACAAAUUUUCUCUUGGCAAUUCAAAAGAUCGAAUAAACGAUACUACAGUGGAAGAAGAAGCGCACGCGUCGUUUGCAAAAGAAGAGAAGGAAGAUGCGUCAGCGCUCCAAGUAA